AUGAAUACCUGCGCGCAGGUCAAAUCCGUCUACUACGGCUGGGCCACCCUAAUCGUCGCCGGCGGCGGCGCCUACUUCUUCGCGAAACGCAGCAUCAACGCCGACCGCGCUGCCAAAGCCGAAGCCGACCGCCAAAAGCGCAUCCGCGUAUGGCAGCUCGAGCAGCAACACCUGAACUCCUCCCCCAGCGACGCGUCGACGACGUCGCAACUGCUCGCUGCGGCGCCUGCGCAGCGCUCACAGGCCGGCGCGGGCAGCGGCAUUGCGGGCUCGCCGGGCUUCGGUGGCGGCGCGGAUGAGAGCGGCAAUCCGAGUGUGCAGGCGAACAUGGACCCGGCGCCGACGAGACAUGAGCCGGCGGAUGCGGAGGCGAGGGCGAGGGAGAAGAGCAAGUAUGAGGCGGGUGAUGUUUAUCGGAGUAGGAAGGGGGAUAGGUUUUCGUGAGGCGGUGGGACAUGAGCGGGUAGCAUGUAUGAUAUCACGGUAGGGAGAG